AAAUAUUGAACGGUUAGGUACACGUGAUUUAUUAUCCUAUGGACAACUUUCAUAUGAUUUUAUAUUAACAUCAAUCCAAAGUAAUAAUACAUUACCAUUAUCAGUUAAUAGUUUAGUUGAUCACUUAUUUUUUCAUCAUGGUUUUGAUUUAAAUAUUAUCAUUACAAAUUCUAAUUGA